UACUGGGAAACACACACUUCAUAUCACAGACCUCCUUCAUACCCAAACCUGUGGACACGUCUCAGAUCGGGAUGCCUCCUCAUCUGGAGAAGGUUCGGGAUCGUCUGGCGGAGAACAUCCAUGAGCUCUGGGGAAUGAACAAGAUCGAGCUGGGCUGGUCCUACGGGAAGAGGAUCAGAGAGGAUAACAAGCGGCAGCACCCGUGUCUGGUGGAUUUCUCCAAACUACCAGAAACCGAGAGGAACUACAACCUGCAGAUGUCCACCGAAACACUCAAGACUCUGCUGGCGUUGGGCUGUCAUGUGGUCCAGGUGAAGGUCAACGCUGAAGAGGAGCUGAAGAAGCUCAAGCUCCCUAAGAAUUAUAUGAUGUCUAACGGCUAUAAGCCAUCGCCGCUGGAUCUGUCAGACGUCAAACUGAGCGCCGGUCAGGAACUGCUCGUGGACAAACUGGCAGAAAACGCUCACAAUGUCUGGGCCAAAGACCGCAUCAAACAGGGCUGGACCUACGGCAUCCAGCAGGAUGUGAAGAACAAGCGAAACCCUCGUCUGGUGCCGUACGCUUUACUUGAUGAGCGCACCAAGAAGUCUAAUCGUGACAGUCUUCGGGAGGCCAUUCGCACGCUGAUCGGAUACGGAUACAACGUGGAGCCGCCCGACCAGGACGCAGGUCAUGUGUUAGAGCGGCUGAGCAUCGAUAAGAUCCGUUUCUUCCGUGUGGAGCGCACGUAUGCGGUGAAGACGGGCCGGUGGUAUUUCGAGUUCGAGGCGGUGACGGGGGGAGACAUGCGUGUGGGCUGGGCUCGGCCCGGCUGUAGACCCGAUGUGGAGCUGGGAACGGACGAGCAGGCCUACGUCUUCGACGGUCACCGGGGUCAUCGGCUGCACUCGGGCAGCCGUCUGUUCGGACGCUGCUGGCACGCUGGGGAUGUUGUGGGUUGUAUGAUCAACUUGGAGGACAAAUCCAUGAUCUUCACCCUGAACGGAGAAAUCCUGAUCACCAACAAGGGCUCUGAGCUGUGCUUUGCCGACUUUGACAUUGACGACGGUUUCAUCCCGGUCUGUAGUUUGGGUCUGUCUCAGGUGGGCCGUAUGAAUCUGGGGAAGGACGCCAGCACCUUUAAGUACUACACCAUGUGUGGCCUGCAGGAGGGCUUCGAGCCCUUCGCCGUCAACAUGAACCGUGAAGUGACCAUGUGGUUCAGCAAACGCCUGCCCACCUUCUGCAACGUGCCCAAAGACCACCAUCACAUCGCGGUCACCCGGAUCGACGGGACGGUGGACGGUCCGCCGUGUCUCAAAGUCACCCAUAAGACGUUCGGGACGCAGAACAGUAACGCUGACAUGGUGUUCUGCAGACUCAGCAUGCCUGUGGAGUCUCACUCCAGCUUCAGGAGCAGCUCUUGCACACACAUCAACGGCCUGUGUGAGGACGAGCCGCUCAAGCUCAGACACAGGCAUCCAGUGAAGUCCACCAAACACUCGGAAGAAGUCAGGAGAACAGAUUACAGCACCAUCACCACAUACUAUCAUUCGGUCAGGAUAUUCGCAGGUCAGGACCCAUCCUGCGUGUGGGUCGGAUGGGUCACCCCUGACUACCAUUACUAUAGCAACCACUUCAGCCUCAGCAAGAACCGCUCAGUGACCGUUACCCUGGGAGAUGAGCGGGGCCGCGUGCAUGAGAGCGUGAAGAGGAGUAACUGUUACAUGGUGUGGGGUGGAGACAUCACCAGCACCGCUCAUGCGUCCGGCCGCAGCAACGUGGAUUUAGAAAUCGGAUGCCUCAUCGAUUUGGCCACGGGUCUGUUAUCAUUUACCAUCAAUGGGAAAGAGCUUCCCACAACCUACCAGGUGGAGCCCAGCACAAAACUCUUUCCCGCUGUGUUUGUGAGGCCCACAAGCUCAAGUCUCUUCCAGUUUGAACUGGCCAAAAUCAAGAACGCCAUGCCCAUCUCGUCGGCCAUCUUUAAGAGCGAACACAAGAAUCCCGUUCCUCAGUGUCCUCCACGACUGGACGUCCAGACCAUUAACUCGGUGCUGUGGAGCCGAAUGCCCAACACCUUCCUGAAGGUGGAGACGGCCCGUGUCAGCGAGAGACACGGAUGGAUGGUGCAGUGUGUAGAAGCGCUGCAGAUGCUGGCCGUACACAUCCCCGAGGAGAACCGGUGUGUGGACAUCAUGGAGCUGUCGGAGCAGGAGGAGCUACGUAGGUUCCACUAUCACACGCUAAAGCUGUACUGCGCUCUGUGUGCUCACGGGAACACGCGUGUGGCUCACGCGCUCUGCAGCCACCUCGACCAAUCGCAGCUGCUCUACACCAUCGAUAACCAGUACCUGUCAGGGCUGCUGCGCGAGGGCUUUUACGACGUCCUCAUCAGCGUGCACCUGGAGACGGCCAGAGCUGCCCGCCGCAUGAUGAGCAGCGAGUUCAUCAUCCCCAUCACCGCCGAGACGCGCAGCAUCCGCCUCUUCCCCGACGCCUCCAAACAGCACCGGCCUCCAGGCGUCGGGCUCAGCACCUGCCUCAAACCCAGACUCAGCUUCGGCCCGCCCUGCUUCAUCAGCAGCAAGCGCGAGCAGCACCUCUUCAGCCCGGAGAUCCCGCUGGAUGUGCUGAAGGAGAGGGCCAUCUGCAUGCUGACGGAGGCCGUGCAGGGCGGAGGAGACCACAUCCGUGACCCCGUGGGAGGAAGCGUGGAGUUCCAGUUCGUGCCGAUCCUGCGGCUCAUCGGCGCGCUGCUCACCAUGGGAGUCCUGAACAGCCGUGACGUGCACAAGAUCCUACUGCUCAUCGAGCCCGGCGUGUUCGGGGAGCGCAGGGACGACGGAGCCAAAGAAGGGCUGACGGGAGCCGAGGAGAAGGCGGUGGAGGCCGGAGAGGAGGAGGAGGCCCGAGACGGGAAAGUGCUGGUGAAGAGCCUGCUGGAGAAGAAACUCCCCGAGUCUGUCAAACGACAGAUGUGCGAGCUGCUGCACUAUUUCUGUGACUGUGAGCUGAGGCACCGCGUCGAGGCCAUCGUGUCGUUCUCCGACAGCUUCGUCUCUAAGCUGCAGGUCAAUCAGAAGUUCCGCUAUAACGAGCUGAUGCUGGCGCUCAACAUGUCAGCCGCCGUCACCGCCAAAAAGACCCGAGAGUUCCGCUCGCCGCCGCAGGAACAGAUUAACAUGCUGCUGAACUUCACCGUGGGCGAGGACUGUCCGUGUCCCGCAGAUAUACAGGAGGAGCUGUACGACUUCCACAGCGAGCUGCGGCUGCACUGCGGGAUUCCAGUGGAGGAGGAUGAGGAGGAUCAGGACUCGUCUAUUAAAGCUCGUCUGCUCGCUCUCAUCUAUAAGAUCAAAGGUCAACCGCAGCGAUCUGAACGCGAGUCCACAGAGGAAGAGCAGGCCGCUCCCUCGAAUCUGAAGGAGCUGAUCUCUCAGACGAUGGUGAGCUGGGCUCAGGAGACACACAUCCAGGACCCGGAGCUUGUGCGGCUGAUGUUCAGUCUGCUGAGACGACAGUACGACAGCAUCGGAGAGCUGCUCCGAGCCAUAAGGAAGACCUACACCAUCAGCGCUGCCUCCGUCCACGACACCAUCCACCUGCUGGCGUCUCUGGGCCAGAUCCGCUCGCUGCUGAGCGUCCGCAUGGGGAAGGAGGAGGAGCAGCUGAUGAUCCACGGCCUCGGGGACAUCAUGAAUAAUAAGGUGUUCUACCAGCAUCCCAACCUGAUGCGUGUUCUGGGGAUGCACGAGACCGUGAUGGAGGUGAUGGUGAACGUCCUGGGUGGAGGAAAGUCUCAGGAAAUCGCCUUUCCUAAGAUGGUGGCGAGCUGCUGUCGUUUCCUGUGCUACUUCUGUCGCAUCAGUCGUCAGAACCAGAAGGCCAUGUUUGAUCACCUGAGCUACCUGCUGGAGAACAGCAGCGUGGGAUUGGCGUCUCCGUCCAUGAGAGGGUCCACUCCUCUAGACGUGGCGGCUUCGUCAGUGAUGGACAACAACGGUCUGGCGCUGGCGCUGGAGGAGCCCGACCUGGACAAGGUCGUGACGUAUCUGGCCGGCUGCGGUCUGCAGAGCUGUCCGAUGCUCCUGGCCAAAGGAUAUCCAGACAUCAGCUGGAACCCUAUCGAGGGAGAACGUUACCUGUCCUUCCUGCGAUUCGCCGUGUUUGUCAACGGUGAGAGCGUGGAGGAGAACUCCAGUGUGGUGGUGAAGCUCCUGAUUCGUCGGCCCGAGUGUUUCGGUCCUGCUCUGAGAGGAGAAGGAGGAAACGGGCUGCUGGCCGCAAUGAAGGAAGCCAUCAAGAUCUCAGAGAACCCCAGCCUGGAUCUGCCCAGCGCCGGGCCGGCUCACGCUUCAGACGCCUCCACUGAGGGUGAGGAGGAAGAGGAAGUGGUUCACAUGGGAAACGCCAUCCUGUCCUUCUACUCGGCUCUGAUCGAUCUUCUGGGCCGCUGCGCUCCUGAGAUGCACCUGAUCAAUAAGGGUAAAGGUGAAGCUCUGAGGAUUCGUGCCAUCCUUCGUUCUCUGGUUCCCACGGAGGAUCUGGUGGGCAUCAUCAGCAUCCCUCUCAAGAUGCCCGUCGUCAAUAAAGACGGCGGCGUGUCUGAGCCUGACAUGUCGGCCACGUUCUGCCCGGACCACAAGGCCCCGAUGGUGCUGUUCCUGGAGCGUGUGUAUGGCAUCGAGGACCAGAGCUUCCUGCUGCAUCUGUUAGAGGUGGGCUUCCUGCCGGACCUGAGAGCCGCUGCCUCGCUGGACACGGAGGCUUUGCGCACCACAGAAACCGCUCUGGCGAUGAACAGGUACAUCGGUUCGGCCGUGUUGCCCCUGCUGACCCGCUGCGCUCCUCACUUCUCCGGCACAGAGCAUCACGCCGCGCUCAUCGACUCCACGCUUUACACCGUCUACCGUCUGUCCAAGGGCUGCUCGCUCACCAAAGCCCAACGCGACGCCAUCGAGGAGUGUCUGCUGGCCAUCUGCAGGUACCUCAGACCCUCCAUGCUCCAGCAUCUGCUGCGCCGACUGGUGUUUGACGUCCCGUUGUUGUCUGAAUACUGUAAGAUGCCUCUAAAGCUGUUGACGAAUCAUUACGAGCAGAACUGGAAGUAUUACUGUCUGCCGUCCGGAUGGGGGAGUUACGGUCAAGCGUCCGAGGAGGAGCUGCUGCUUACCAAGAAGAUCUUUUGGGGAAUCUUUGACUCUCUGUCUCAGAAGAAGUAUGAGCAGGAUCUGUUUAAGAUGGCCAUGCCGUGUCUGAGUGCCAUCGCUGGAGCUCUGCCGCCGGACUACAUUGACUCCACGCUCAGCACCACGCUGGAGAAACAGGUGUCUGUCGACACGCAGGGAAACUUCAACCCCAGACCCGUAAACACAGCCAACAUCUGCCUGCCGGAGAAGCUGGAGUACAUCGCAAACAAAUACGCUGAACAUUCCCAUGAGAAAUGGGCUGCUGAGAAGGUGCUUCUGGGCUGGAAACAUGGAGAAAACAUCGACGAGAAAGCAAAAACUCAUCCGAUGCUGAGAUCCUACAAGUCCCUGACAGAGAAGGAGAAGGAGAUGUAUUGCUGGACGGUGCGCGAGUCCUUGAAGAGCAUGUUAGCGAUGGGCUGGAGCAUCGACCGCACCAGAGAAGAAGACAGCGUGUUCCAGCAGAGAGAGAUGGAGAAGAUGCGCCGCAUCUCACAGGCCUCUCAGGGUAACGGCUUCAAUCCAAACCCGCUGGACAUGAGCAGUGUCCUUCUGUCCAGAGAACUGCAGUCGAUGGUUGAGGUCGUAGCUGAAAACUAUCACAACAUCUGGGCCAAGAAGAAGAAGAGUGAUCUGUGCAGCAGAGCCGCAGGAGGAGCUCAUCCGCUGCUGGUGCCCUACGACACGCUCACGGCCAAAGAGAAGACCAGAGACCGCGAGCGAGCGCAGGAUCUCUUCCGCUUCCUGCAGAUCAACGGAUACGCCGUCAGCAGGCGUCUGAAGCACAUGGAGCAGGACUCGUCUUCGAUGGAGAAACGCUUCGCCUACCGCUUCCUGAAGAAGCUGCUGAAGUACGUGGACUCGGCGCAGGAGUUCAUCGCUCACCUCGAGGCGAUGGCUACCAGCGGAAAGAAUGACAGAUCACCACAUGAACAGGAAAUCAAGUUCUUUGCUAAGGUGCUCCUCCCCCUCAUAGACCAGUACUUUAAAAACCACUCGCUCUACUUCCUGUCGUCACCCACUAAGAAUCUGAGCAGCAGCGGAUACGCGUCGAACAAAGAGAAGGAGAUGGUCACCAGUCUGUUCUGUAAGCUGGCCACUCUGGUUAGACACAGGAUCUCUCUGUUUGGAAGUGACUCCACCACGAUAGUCAGCUGUCUGCACAUCCUCGCACACACGCUGGACACCAGGACUGUGAUGAAGUCUGGAUCGGAGCUGGUCAAGGCCGGUUUGAGGACGUUCUUUGAGAGCGCGGCUGAAGAUCUGGAGAAGACGCUGGAGAACCUGAAGCUGGGGAAGUUCACGCACUCCCGCAGUCAGAUGAAGGGCGUCUCGCAGAACAUCAACUACACCACAGUGGCUCUGCUGCCCAUCCUGACCGCUCUGUUCGAGCACAUCACUGAACACCAGUUCGGCUCCGACCUUCUGCUGGAUGAUGUGCAGGUGUCGUGUUAUCGGAUCCUGACCAGUUUAUACUCGCUGGGGACGGGGAAGAACAUCUACGUGGAGAGGCAGCUGCCGGCGCUGGGGGAGUGUUUGGCGACUCUAGCCGGUGCGAUGCCCGUGGCGUUUCUGGAGCCGCAGCUAAACACACACAACCCCUGCUCCGUCUUCAACACCAAGACGUCUCGAGAACGAGCUCUGGUCGGGCUGCCGGAGUCGGUGGAGGACGUGUGUCCUGAGAUGCCUCGUCUGGACGGUCUGAUCAAGGACAUCACUGACGUGUCAGAGUCCGGCGCGCGCUACACAGAGAUGCCGCACGUCAUCGAGGUGGUGCUGCCCAUGCUGUGUAAUUAUCUGUCGUACUGGUGGGAGCGAGGCCCGGAGAACCGUCCCCGUCCCGCAGGCGUCUGCAGCAGCACCGUCACCUCCGAACACCUCAGCCUCGUCCUCGGGAACAUCCUCAAGAUCCUCAACAGCAACCUGGGCAUCGACGAGGCCUCCUGGAUGAAGCGCAUCGCAGUGUACGCUCAGCCCAUCAUCAGUAAGGCGCGCGCUGAUCUGCUGAAGACACACUUCUUGCCGACGCUGGAGAAGCUGAAGAAGAAGACGGUGAAGGUGGUGUCGGAGGAGGAGCUUCUGAAAGCUGAUGGGAAGGGCGACACCCAGGAGGCGGAGCUUCUGAUCCUGGAUGAGUUUGCAGUGCUGUGCAGAGAUCUGUAUGCCUUCUACCCCAUGCUCAUCCGCUACGUGGACAACAACAGGUCUCGGUGGCUGAAGGAGCCGGACACAGAUUCCAACGAGCUCUUCAGGAUGGUCGCAGAGAUCUUCAUCCUGUGGUGUAAAUCACACAACUUCAAGAGGGAAGAGCAGAACUUUGUGGUUCAGAACGAGAUCAACAACCUCUCGUUCCUCACCGGAGACAGUAAAACCAAGAUGGCAAAGGUACGAGUGAGAACGAGCUCAAAGCAGUCACUUACACCUCUCCCACGUAAAGAAGGACCAGGAUAUGGAUAGAUACGAGCUGCUUGUGAAGACAAACCUGA